UACUGUCACCUGCUGCGUCUCUUAAGGAGCACACAUCUUUCAGCAAUGGCAACGAUCAGUAGCACCAUGGUCUUGGUCGCCGCCAUACCAUCGCCGGCUCUAGGGCUACCUCAGCUGAGAGUGGCCAGGGCCGAGAGGCUGAGGUGCAGGUUCAGCAAGAGGGUGUCUUCGGCUCUGGCUCCGGUGGUGACCAAGGGCGUGCCGCUUCUCGCCGUGGCGAGCACCACGGCGGCAUCAGCGGCCCCGAUGCUGGCCUCGGCGCUGGCGCUGGUGGACGAGCGGAUGUCAAGUGAGGCCACCGGGCUGAGCAACGACCUGCUGGGGUGGGUCCUGCUGGCUGCCAUCGGCCUUGUCUUGUGCUUCUACACCGUCUACUCCUCCACCUUUGACGACGACGACCAGUCCGGCGGCGGCGGCAUCGCGCUCUGAGCACCUCCAUCAUUUUCUCUUGCCUGCCUGAUGCGUGAAAGCUUUGCGUAGUUACCUCGAAUCUAUCAAGCAACAAGCAUGGAUGAACACUGGGCUACUGAUUACCGCAGGAAAACUGAAGCUAGCUAUAUGUAUGAUACUAGUGUUAAAUAGCUGCAGAGCCCGGGGGUGAGCCUCCUUUUCCAAAAAAGAAAAAAAAACUUACUUUUUUUUUUGUUUUAGCUGCGGUCGUUAUGGUCCUGCUCUUGUGUGUCAUCUGCUGUUACAAGCCUGGGGUCGUAAUUAUAAUAAUUAAUAUAACUUGCGUUAAACCUCUUC